UAUACGAUUGGCUGCUGUGUUUGUGUACAGUAAGUAACGUCAGCUAAAUUAGCUUAGCUAGCUGACCUGUUUUCACUGUUAUACAAAGAGGAAAUAGUCCCAACGUUUACAAGUUCCAAAGUUUGUUUGCUAAUCCGAUGACCUUCAAAUUACUUGGGCGAUGCGAUAUGACGAACACUCUAUAUAAUGUGUUCCAUAAUUCCCCUUUAUGGGUCAAUCUUUCAAUGAUAUAACACACACGUAAGACACACAUCGUACAUGGGUUGAACAAACGCAUACCCACACACGAAUCAUAUACAUAUAUAUUUCAAUAAACAUUUUUGAUUGCUGAAAAGGGGUCCAUGUUACACAUUGAGACCAGCGAGAUUUCAACUUUUUGAUAUUUCAAUUUACAAAUGUGGUUAUUCUCGCCAUUAUAUAAAUGUUCGUCAAUGUUACUAUGUGUCUUCCCCAUAAUCUAUAUUUCUUUCAAUUUUUUCUAAUAUCGGUUGUCAAUAUUAUUGGUAACAGCCUGGAGCUGGAGCUCAGCCAUAAUCCUUUCAUACACAACAUCACCACAUACAUUUUCCUCUUCUUCUUGUUUUGAAUUGGCAAUGACCAAGUUCAUGAGGCCAGUUUUGAGCCAAAUUUUGACAAAAACUAACACAAAGGCUUUUGAGAGAAAGAAAACAUCUUGCCAAGUAGCAUUAUUAGUACAUGGUGAUUUUCUACAACAGAAAUAUCACAUAGCAAAACCAAAACCAACUAUUAACUACCAAAAAGGAAACUAAAGUCAUUUAAAACAUGAAUGGACUACAAGGAAAUGGCUGCUGUGGUAUAUCUAAAUGCCUCUAACAAAACUGGGACUAAAGCAGUGUGGGACAGUCUAUUGUACUCAUUCAGCUCAUUACUUUAAACUUCCACAAUUCUGACUUGCUGCUAAAACUAAUGUUCUACAGUGGGUCCAAAUCAUGCAGUGAUGCGACUUGGAGCCUCUAAUGUGACUCAGUCUUGGAAGAGUCUAAUACAUGUAUUUGGGUCACACCUCCCCCUACAGCCCAGUCAUUUGACACCAAACUUGUGUUCUGCCACGUCACUUUUCCAGUCCAGAUCUGCUUGUUUCCUGAACUGGUUCAGCCUCAAAGGAAUGUGUUUGUGCAAGUCAUCUGCCCUUUGCCCUGCCAUUCUGGCGGAAUCAGUCAGCGUCUCAGACACGUGUGGAAAACAAUACAAGCAGGAAGGAGCUCCUCGCUUUCCCACUGUAUUUUAACACCAAAAGGAGUUGUUUACCUGAUUUUGGGAUCUUUUUUAUGGUUAACAGACAUUUACAUGUGGCUCCUGAGUGAUCAGGUCAAUAGCUAUGAAUAGAGCAAAUGCAGCGUUAUCUGGUGUAGUUAUGUAAAUCUUUGGCAUGGUGAGUUUUUUGGGUGCGGUUUAGUUUCCAUGUGAAAAGAUUUCACAAUAAACACGUCACACCAGUUUCUCGAGGCUUCUUCAAAGAGAAUGGACCUUGUGAAACACACUGGUGGCUGCCACUGUGGGGCAGUGAGGUUUGAAGUGUUUGCAUCUGCUGAUCUUCAUGUCUUCCACUGCAAUUGCAGUAUUUGCACAAAGAAACAGAACCAUCAUUUCAUCGUUCCACAGAAGAACUUCACUCUACUUCAGGGUUUCGAUCACCUGACAACAUAUACGUUCAACACGCACGCUGCCAAACAUACAUUCUGUAAAAUCUGUGGGGUUCAAAGUUUCUACACACCGCGUUCCAACCCUGAUGGCUAUGGUGUUGCCCCACACUGCCUGGAUCCAGGAACUGUGCGAAGCAUUACUGUCGAGACAUUUGGUGGAGAGAAGUGGGAAGAAAGCAUGGCUGCCCACAAAUGUAUCCGAGGCAUGUCUAAGCCAUCAUCUUAAGAAAAAAAACAUUGCAUUAGAAACAAUGUAUAAAAAUUAAUUGAUAAAAUGUUCAUGAUUGAAAACAUUGCAUUUCUUUGGUGGAAGUAAAAGCUGUAACAAUGACUAGGAAAUGCAGCUUAUACACUGUACUCACUUCUAUAUCUCACUAAACCAUAAAAAAAUGACAACGUGCCGAUGCAAAAAAAAACCCUAAUUCAUCUUCAGGUUCUUUGGUCCUUGAGAGAUUCUGUGGAAUGUGUUGAUGAACAUGUAUCGUGACAACGCGAUGUAUACGUAACGAAACCACAGGAGUUGAGUUCGAUGACAUAACAUGGCCGCCUGACAAAGAAACACAAUAUAACAUUAAUGAAAACAGUGGUGGUUGAAAAUAGAUAAAGUAGUGCAAACAGAAAACAGACUGCAAGAAUGUAUUAGGGACACAUGACUAAACGCUAUAUCUAGUUUGGUGUAACCAAAUGCGUACAAUAAACUUCAUGAGGGACAUUAUAUGUUCCAGUGAAGCCUUAGCUGACAGAGGUUUUGAUGCACUGUAAGUCUCAAUGUAAGACAUUGUUGACAUUUGAGUAAAAGGAGAUUAUUAUAAAAGUCAAAGUCGAAAGAGCAGAAUUUGGGUCAAAAGAAAAAAAAAAAACAAGUUGAAUUGACAAUAUCUGAGGGGGAAACCAACUAGGAUUCACGUUGAAGACACGUAAAUAUUUUUUAGACUUCACUGGUCGCUGGAUUUCUUUUGGCUGUUGGCUGUAGGAUGUGACCAUAACAAUAUAGCUAUGUGUGGCAGGUCUUACUCUGGCUUGUCUGUAGCCGCUGGAGCCAAUGAUACAGCAGAGGGAGGAGGGCAGAAGCCAGCUGGCAGGAAGCUCCAGCAAAGAGAUGUAUUUUCUGAGGAGGCCAACACUGGUCAAAGCCAGCAGGCAGCAGUCUGGGAGAGGACACAGAGGCAUAAUGUGGCUGCAGAAGUGUAAGAAUAUGAUGCGUUAUUCAGGAGGAUCACAUGAAGUGAGGUCCUUAAAAUGUACCAAGACAGCAUCAACAGCAACAGCAUAAUAAGGCACUGAAAUGGCCUUCAUAAGGAUACACACAAUUAUAUUAUUGAAAUUGUCAGAGUCAAAGAACUACACAAUAAACAACAGUCAUAUGAAAUUAAAUAUCAUUCUACAUAUACUUAAUAAGAGGCAUUAAUUCAUAAGCAUUGCAUGCUAUGGUGUCUUCGCCCAUCAUCAGAUAGGAUUGCACUGUAUGAAUUGUGUUCAUAGUAGUGGUGGGACUUUAAUGAGUUAAUUGUGAUUAAUUAAUUACAAAAAAAAAUUAAUUCCAUUUAAUAUUAGAAAUUUGAAAUUCUUAUACAAAUAUUUUCAAGACAUUAAAAGAGCCUUACUUUAAAUAAGGUGAUAUGAAAACUUGAAUUUAGUCACCAUCGUGAUUUAUUGUGCCGUUGUCAAACUGAUGCAAAAUAAACCAUAUGUUGUUGUUUAAAUGUCUUAAAUUCUCCAAUUAACUAGAUUCAUUUUUUAAUUGAAUCCCACCCCUAGUUUAUUCAUAAAGUGGCUAUCAACUAAAACAUUAACAAUAGCUACCAAGAUGGUUUCAUUCUAAAAUUGUAGGUUCACAGUGACGAAUGAUCAGCUGACAAUGCACUCACGACUACAGCUUACUGCAUUUAGCCACAUUUAUGCCACAGUACUUACUGUAAUAAGGUCAUCUUUUUCUGACCCACUUCUGGGUUAUUCAUCCAGGUCAAUUACUUGAAUGUCCUAGAAUGAGUUGAAUGGAGUUUUUUUUUUUUUUUUUUUUUUACUUGUCUCAUUUGAAUUUGAAUUUUAUUACCACUUAAAUGAAGCUUUUUUAACAGAUAUGUAACUCAAACUAUUGUUAUUAUAUAACUAAAGACAGAAUUACAGUCUUAUUAAAUCGCAAUGUAAUUAUUGUGAGUAUUUGUAUUGUAGCAGUAUUGAGCCAACCUUUCUAAGACCCUCUCCUCAUUGUACAGUGCAUGUGCAAAGUGGGGAAAGUGGGGUGAACACUGUUGUAGUUACCAACACUCAGCAAUUUGAACAUGGACAUAAGAAAGCUGACAUCACAAAUUAAGUAGAUCUAAUAUGGGUUCCUAUUAUGGCGUUUCAUGCAUGUUAUUAUGGCUAUAGCUUAAACCAGAGGUGUCCAAAACAAUUCUCAAAAGACCAGGGUCGGGCAGGUUUUGUUAUAAACCCCCAAGCACACACAACUUCACAGGUGUCUGACGAUAUGUGAGCUAGAUUGUUUGGAACAGAAACCUGCACCCACUACGGUCUUGUCUGGCACAGUUUGGACACACCUGGCUGCACUAUUAAGCGCUAAAACUCCAAUAUGAUUAUUUCAAUAUAACUGAUACUACUUUAUCCACAUAUUUAUUAUAUCAUGUCAUUAACCAAUAUUUUAUUUCCCAUAAUCUGGAUGUGCCAUGAACAUUUCAUACAUGCUUUAAUCGCAGUUAAUGUGCCAGCUGUACUUUAUUUACUGUAUUUAAUUUUAUGGAGGGAGUGGCGAGGCAUAACAAUGAUCUCAUUGUGAAAUAACCACUAAAACUCACUGCCACGCAGCUGUCAUGAUUAGACAAGUGAAACCAAAUGAAAAGCUUGAACUUGGCUUUCAGGAAACAUGAAGAAUAGCUGAAGAAUAGCCGAAUAGCUAAUGAUGAAGGGUUGACAGAUGUAUUCAUAUAUUUAACAAGAGGGGGCGCUGUUUAUUUGUAAAACAAGCUUUUGAGCUUCACAGGCUACUCGACUGAAGCCGUUAAUAUGGGCGCUGACCCAACAACCAGACAAACCCACGUGCAGCCAAAUGCUUCUUUAUCCUAUACAUUUUAUUUGAUGACAUCUAAAUAGGUUAAAGAAACACAAUUACCGUUGGGUACCGGUCCACUCGACGCUAGAUGCCUGCGGAAGACAAAGAGACAUUUUAUCAAUGAAUUCAGAGCUCACGUCAACCUCAGACAAAACAUCGACAUACAAAUAAAAAUAAAGAUCACAAUAACAUCGACGCAAACUGCCAAUGCUCCCAAUGCUCAAUUGGUCAAUAGGUCACGAGACCAAUUCUAAACUGGGAAGCAAUUUUUUUUUCAGAUAUAAAAAUCUACACACCCAAGCUCAUUGAAUCCAGGAAAACAAACAAAAUGUUUUUGUUACGUAUCUUUCAAUGCCAAUUUAAUUGAUGAAGUUGUCCUUUUAAAAGGCUCCCUGUCACUAUUUAAUGAACCUGCUGUCAGAAUCAUCUAAAACACAGAUUCAUAACAUUACUCAUUAUUGAUAAUGACAUGACAGAGUCAGAGAGAGUUUCAACAUUGGAGUGAGUCACGUAUAAACACACAUGCUGGUGGGUUUAUAACAAUCAUAUGCAUACUUCAAAUUAGUU